CUGAUAGAACCUAUGGGAGCCGCAUCCCAUUGUGACGCGUGGGGUUCUGUUAAAUUGUUACUGAGGCAGGAGAAAUGCCUGAACCCUGAGAGUGGAAGGUGGAGGGGCGGGAGAGGGGGGAGUGAGUGAGUGAGGAGAGAGAGAGAGAAAAAAAAGUGUGUGUCUCAUAUAGAGCUUUGUCUGAGAUUUCAUCACAGACUGUGUAUGAUUGAGGAGGAUGCGUGUGGUGGUGGGGACAGUGAAGUAGACAAAGCACCUGGUUGUCCCCUUGUGGGGGGGAGACAAUGGCGCGGGUUCAGUAGGUGCCACGUGUGGUGGUGGUGCGGCACUCUCUCUCUCACACACACACACAGAGACAAGUUUUGUGAAAGAAGGUAAAGAAGUGUGGUGCGGCAGGCAGUGAGGCAGACACAGGAGGGGCAUUGUGUAGUAGAAGUGGGGAGGUCCCAGACUAGUGCUGUCUGAUGAAGAUGAGGGGCUGGGUGCUGCUCAGGAGGAGCACACACUCAUAGCAGCCUGCCUUCUACGACUUGUCGUUGGAUCCUUCUCUAUACAUUGGCAAUGACAGCAGUCGCCUACACGGACUUGGUGGCUGCUCAGUGUCUGGUGUCUAUCUCUAACCGUACGAGAGAACCUGAGGUAACGACUGACGAGGAGACCACUACUCUACUAAGUACACCAGCCGCCACAGAACACCUGAGCGAGCAGCACCACCACCUCAGGACAAUGGCCGAACCCCUGACUAAGGAGCACCAUGACGGGGGACCAGGAGAAGCCUGGAAGGACUACUGCACCUUGCUCACCAUAGCUAAGAGCCUACUGGAGUUAAACAAGUACCGGCCCCUGCCCUCCCCGGACUACAGUGACGAGGAGCUCAGCUCGGACAGUGACGUGACCACAGAGUCCGGCCACAGCUACCACAGCAAUAGCAGCAGCAGCCGGACGGACUACAGCCCCGAAGCGGGCUCUACACAGCAGCCGCCACGCCCACCCAGCCCGGACACGCCCAGCUCCCCGCCACGCCCCACCGGCUCCACUAGUGAAAAGAGGCACAGGUGUCCCUAUGCCGGCUGUGGCAAAGUCUAUGGCAAAUCUUCCCACCUUAAAGCCCAUUACAGAGUGCACACAGGUGAACGUCCUUUUCCAUGCACAUGGCCAGACUGCCUUAAAAAGUUCUCUCGAUCUGAUGAGCUGACCCGCCAUUACCGAACCCACACAGGCGAGAAGCAAUUUCGAUGUCCCCUGUGCGAGAAGCGGUUCAUGAGGAGUGACCACUUGACCAAGCAUGCCCGUCGCCACACAGAUUUCCAUCCCAGCAUGAUCAAAAGGUCCAAGAGGUCCAGCUCAGCCUUCAUCUGAAUACUGCAUCUUUGAGUCAACAAAGCUGUUACACGAAAAUUUCAGCUGCUGUACAUAUCAUCUUUUUGCAUCUUUUCAAAAGAAAUGUAGCAGUUUUAAAAUCCAUGCUUCUGCAGCAGUUAUAUUAAAGGAAAAUGCUGCCCGGUUUCUUUUGGUGGCACACGACUCUAGGUAUUUUUUGUAGUGGUGUAAUCUGUACCAUCACGGUUUUGACUGUAAGAUCUUUUGUGCUUGCGCUGGCAUGAAUAUGUGUUUAUGAAAUAGAACCACAAUGGAUCAGCUUUACAUUUGUGAAAGAAGUAUGAGAACACGUGCUUACACAUAUAAAGGGAAUACUUUUUUUGUUUCUUUUUUGAUGAAACCGUAUGGUAUUUGGAACAUUAUACAUCUUAUGAAGUGAGCAGGUAUAGAGUAUACUUGAACCUGGUUUCUUGUGGAUUAUUGUCUUACAAUGUCUUGAAAUAUGUGUUUUAUUGUUGAUGGAAUACUAGUCUCCCACUAUUAUGGACCUCAUCAGUCACCUAGUUUGACUUGACUUAUAAGGUGCACUUUGUAGGACCAGCGCCAUCCCUUAUUCCUCGGAGCAUGGUGAACAUAGAUGGAACUAAACGACACUAAGGACUGGAAAGCUUAGAGGAUGAAAGCCUUGUUGUUUUACCUAUCAUGUCGUAGGUUGAUAAAGCUGUUAAUGGGAGAUGCAAUACUCAGUAAUCAUACUGUAUAUAGUUUGCAGUAUCUUAAGAUAAAUGUCCUUUCAUGGAUGUAUUCACACCGUACCAAACUUUUGGGCAGACUGUCUCUAUGUCUGCUUUGAGUGCAUCUGUUGAAGAAUGACACAAAGCUCCACAGAAGACUGAAAGAACUUAUAUGCCUUUACCCUGCAAGUUUAGAAUAAUAUCAGAGGGUCAUUUUAUUACACCUGUAGGUUGCUAUGCACAUUUUAUAUCUCACAUAGCAACGAUGAACAGUUUUUGCAAAACCAGAAUGUUUGAUUCAGCUUUUGACAGAGGCGAUGCCAUCAUUUCAGUGCUUUAUGAGACUAAGCACUGGAACACUGGGCAGUGCAAACUUGCAAGGAGUCUUUUCCAGGCAAAUGGUCUGUCACUGCAUUCACUACAGUACCGCACUUUCUGAUUGUGUGACGGCACUCUGCGCGUACAGACUGACAGAAAGUGUCAUUCUUUUAAAUGCGUCACAAUUGUGUCAUUUAGGUUCUUGAUCUAAUUAUUCAAUUCACGUUUACAUAACUUCAUUUGGUAGCCAGAAGUACCAAAUGGAAUGAAGACUUUUUUGCACCUUAUGUUUCCUAUUUCACAUGACGCCUAUAGACUUUUUCCAUACCGGAGAGGCUGCUUAUUGGUGUAGUAGGCCUCUCCAGCUGCGAGGGGGGGAUAACUAUGCAUAAUCUAGCCAAACAGGCGGUUUACAAAUUUAUGUAUCUGUACUUAAAAAGUUAGGUUCAUUCCAUAGUAUAAGCACUCCAAUCAUUCUUUUUUGAAAUAGUAGAAAGGACUGUUGUGAGUAACUCCACACUAUCAGCUAUUUGCCUUAUAACUAUCCUACUAAUUAAAUUAUAGGGAUGCCAUGUCACAAGGCAUUACUAACAAGGCCAGUCAGGUUUUGUACAUGUUUCUGAUUCACUUAGCCUUUAAAAGAAUUACAUAUAUGCACGGGGAUAAAAUAUUAGCUGUAGUUCUGAACCCCUUCAUAAAAUAUUAUAAUUACCCUUGGGACAGUUUUAUAAUCAUGCAAGUGCCAAGGGUCUCCCUUUUUAUAACAUUUUGUACAAUUUUCACAGGCCUUUAGUGCCUCCUUUAUUUGGUGUCUUUCAGAUUUUUUUUCCAGCUGGAUCAUACAUUAGAAGUGCAUCUAAUGGAGUCUAAUGCACACGCAGAUAAGUGUAAGUUACUGGUAAAAAAAAAAGUUUCAAUUCAGAUUUAAAGGUCCAGAAAACCUACAAUGCAAGAAGAAUCAUAUAAGACAUCUGAAUAUUAGCCACAGUCAAACAAAAUACGGCAUAUUCUGCAAGGCAGGACAAAGAGCAGGUCUGAAUUGCAAAUUGCAGUAACCCAUUGCAGUAAGUUGUAUUACAGUGUACUGAAAUUAUAUUGCUGAAUGCUGGGAACAUUUUUGUAUUUCUUAUUGCUCAAAGAUGAAUUCAGACUGGUACGAUGAGGUACUGCACUUUGCUGUUUUGUCAGUCUUAUUGAAUAUGCCUGUAUAUGCUGACUUCCUGUCCUAUAGUCAGCCUAUUAUCUGCCUGACUUGGAUGAUAACAUUAGAGGCUGCACGGCCUAUGCUUGUGCAAUGCAUAGUAUACUCUGUUAAAGUAAGGCUGGGUUCGCAUAUGCAAAUUAGAUACGUUUUAAAUCACAUCCAAUUUGCAUGACCUGACCUGGAGCCGGUUCACACAUGUCCGGGGCAGCCGCUGUGUGGUUUGAAAAAGGGUCCUGUGUGUUUUUGGGUCCAGUUCAGGUGCAAAUUCAGGCAAUAAUUUGCACCUGAAUCAAUUAACAGAAACGCACCGGACCCCGGAUUUCAAACCGCAGCCGCACAUAUGUGUACCUGGCCUAAGAGGCUUUUAUAUAGAUAUUUGUGCAUUAAUAAUACAACCUCUUUAAUUUAAGUGUUUAAUUCAGGCUUAUUUUCCUCAUUAUCACAAUUUAAAUAUCAAUAGUGGCAGUGGGAAGAAAAUAUUUAUUUUGCACUGAAAAGGUGUGGUUUUUAUUUUUUAAAGGACACUUCACAAGCAAUUAGAGCCAUGUUAGAUUUGAAAAAGAACAAAAUUAUCAAAUGUAAUCUUUUUCGUUUACUCGUGAAACAAUUUGAGGUACAGCACAGUAGGCACUUUGGUUUUCUAUUUUAUUUAAUAUGUAUCCUUUACCAGAAAUUAUUAUUAUACCGUGUGCAAUUUUUUGUUUGUCAUUAGGCCAUAAAAAAAAACUGUUGCAAAAAAAAGAAAAAAAAAAUUCAACAACAACACUACAGUUCAAUAAACUAUGAAACCGGAAUGUCAGGAAAAAAUAACAUUAUACACUUUCUACCUCUGUUUCAGUUUUUGAAACACCUAAUUCUUUAUUCCGUAUAGCAGAGUAAUUCUUCCAGUCAAGGUAGCCAGAUUGAAAAAAAAAAAAAAAUUGUAUGGUUUGGUUUAAUGAUUUUCUGUUUUACUGCCAGGGGCAGCAUGUGGUUUUAGUGGGAGAUCUUUAAAAAAGGCUAAAUGAGGACAACUGCAAGCAUUUCUGGUUUUGCACAUUGAGCAGAAAGAAAAGAAAAAAAAAACUUAACGUCAUCAACAAGCACAAAUUAUAUACAGUGACUUAUGAAAAUAAAGAAAGGAAACUUGUGGGGUUUUUUGCAUUCAUGUUCAAACACAAGCACCCCUUAUUCUGUAUGUAAUUGUUGCAGAUAAGAUUUGUUUUUCAAGAUAAAAUGAUGUUUGUCUGUUAAGUAUUUGACAUAAGAUCUUUGAGCAUUGUAUUUACAGCGUCCUGACUUGCUUUAAGGUGUAUAGAAAUAUUACAGGUUUAAAUUGGAUUUAUAGUGGUUAAGUAUGACAACUUGUAUAAAUAGAGCUUCAACAUGUUUCAGCUUAUAAGUACAAAAAAACAUCAUCAUUAUAAGUUUAAGAUAAGUGAAAUUUAGUCUAAGUGACGUUAAGGAAAUGUUUAUUUUGUGAUUUGAAUUACAAAGCAUGUGUCUUUACCACUUCUGAAACCAACAUUUUUAUAACAUUUUAUAACAUUUUGCUGUGGCUUUAAAUCGAAUGGAGCUGCCUUUGCUCCAUAAUGUCAGAUUCAGGAAUUCUAAUACAUUUUCUCAUGCAUGUUCCUGUUCUACAGAAUUACAUCAUCAUGCUUAUUUUUUAACAUAAACUGUAUGUAAUGCUCAGUAGAAGACUGGCAAACAGUAGUAAACAUUCCAUGAAAGUAAACCAAACCUAGCCCUUUAGUGGCAGAAGAAAUCAAACCAUACGUAUGAUUCAACACUUUUUUUGUUAACUACAGUACAGCCUCUAGUCAUUAUCACUGUAGAAAAUUGACUUUGGGCAGUGAAUGCCCAAACAGAUGUCUUUCUGUAUACUUGCAUUUUUAAAUCCAUUGGACUUUUUUUUUUUUCUCAACUUCACAUAUGGUUUUCUUUUUCUUCUUGUGUUAGCUGCUAUAGGCAUCAGGCUUGACAGAAAAUUUGCGAAUUGGAAACUCAUGCCUUAAAACCCAACUGAACAUUCAGUUUAAAUCCGCUAACUACAUUCUAGGUGCAUUAGAACAAAGGGUGUGCAGAGCCUUACAGCUUUUUUGUGUGCAUGCAGCAACCACAGCCUUAGUAAAAAAAGCCUGUCCCCUGCUGGCAUGCUGUAGAGUAGGACCCUUGUUCCAUGUGUAGAAAUGGUAAUCAGCAAAAGCUGAUGCUCCCUGCUGAUUGGAGAGCUCAAGAUCUGACUCGGCAGGGUGUGUGUCAGACCUUUGCAGAGAGACUACUGUUUCUACACAGAGAGGUAUGGUUCUUUUCUACAACAUGUCGGCAGAGGACAGGCUUUCAACUCAAGAUGUUGCAAAAUUGUAAGACUUCCCACACAUUUUUUAUUAACGCACCAGGAAAACAUUUAUUUAAUUUAAACUAAAAGUUCAAUUGGGUGUUAAUUCUUUGGUUGCUUAGACAAUAAUUAACGUAUAAAAGAAAAUAUGCCUUUAGUAUGUAAGGGAUAUUUUAGAUAGAAAUAAAAUCAAUAAGUUGCAGAAGUAUUCUUUAAAAUAGAAGGCGAGUAGAGGUGUUGUCUAUAUAAACCUAUCAUGCAUUUAAAAUGUUUUUGAGAUUAAUAUAAAUAACGAUCAUUGUUUUGUCUUUCAGGAACCUAGGUGAUAAGAAACCUUGAAUUCUAUUUCUUACUUCCCCAUGCACAGGCCCUGAAUUACAAACAAAAUUGUAAUAAGAUAACCCAUUGAUGUCUCCAGAAUGAUAUUGAUGAUCAUCCUGGUUAAAGACCAAGUCUAUACGGUAGAGAAUGCUAAAAACAUCCAAUCCUGUUUGUUAAUUUUGUUUUUGAAUGCUGUGGCCACCACUUCCACUGUAAAGAAUACCUUAGUUUAUAAGCAGUGAUCACUGGCCACUAUUAUCUGCUGUCUGUACCUAAAAUUAUUUUUCUGCUUGUAUCUACACAAAGGGUGCCUUUAUUUAGAUCGACAAAAUAACUUAAUUAGUUAAAAAAAGGUUUGACAUGGACAGUUGCUAUAUAAAAGAGAAACGUAUAAAUGCUAAAAAGCUGACAAAAAAAAAACUGGCACAGUAUAGUUAGAAGAAGUCAACACUGCCUUGAAGGACGUUCUUUUAGGAUCUCCCAAUACAGAAUAAUAAGUUUACAUCAAGUAAAAGAUGGUAAAAAUGAAUCCUUAAGAUUUUAAAUACACAAAAAAAUCUGGUUGAUUGGCUAAAUAUAUCUUUAAAAUUGAUUUUGCUGGGCGUUUUUUAUGUUUUUCAAAUAUACUUGCCUAAAGCAG